ACAACCAAACAGAAACUGGCGAGCAAGACACGGGACUUGAAGUCUUGAGAUCCUACCGCCAUGCUUUCACUGGUACUAUUCUCAGGUUUCUUUGCCCUCAUGCAGUGUGUCCCUCAGUAUGUCUUUGUGAAUGAAUCCAAGACUUGGGCAGAAGCUCAGAGAUACUGUAGAGAUAAAUACACUGAUCUGGCCUCCAUUGAGAAUGAACAACAGACGAUCCAGUUAUUGGAUACAGUGAAUGAUGAUUCCAUUGAUUUGGCCUGGAUUGGACUCUAUGAUGAUCUGAACAGUUGGAAUUGGACUCUAGAGGACAAUGAUUUCUUCAAGGAAGGAGGGAAAGACUUCAGGAACUGGUAUGACCAAGGACCAAACUAUUAUGGAGGACAAAGUGUGUGUGUGUAUAUGCAGAUGGGGAUAUGGCAAGCAACAAGCUGCUCCAAUGCAUUCUAUCCAACUGUCUGCUAUGAUGGAAGAAAAAACGCCAGUGAUACUUAUGUUUUUAUUUACCAAUACAAAACCUGGACUGAGGCUCAGAGUUACUGCAGAGAACAUCACACAGACCUCAUCAGUAUCAGGAAUGAGCCUGAAAACCAGAAGAUCCAGUAUUUAUUUUGGAAUUAUUAUUAUUACUCCAUUUGGAUUGGACUGUACAGAACCAGAUCUUGGUCAGAUCAGAGCAACUCUUCAUUCAGUAACUGGACAACAGGACAGCCAGAUACUCCAGGAUCCUGCACUGUAGUCUCAUUCAGUGACUCUGGGAAAUGGACAGAUGAAAACUGCAAUUAUGUAUUUCCUUUCAUUUGCUACACUGCUUUAGCAUCAUCCCGGGAGUAUUACUUUGUGAAUGAGUCUAAGACCUGGACUGAAGCUCAGAGACACUGCAGAGAGAAUUACACUGAUCUGGCCACCAUUGAUAACAUGGAGGAAAUGAACAGUCUGAUAAACACAGUUAAUGGGAGUUACAAUGGCUCAGCCUGGAUUGGACAGUAUGAUGAUGUGAACAGCUGGAGAUGGUCAUUGGAAAACAAUGAUUUUUAUCAGGAAGGAGAGAGAGAUUUCAGGAACUGGUAUCAUGAACCAGACAACUUUGGGGGGAACGAGCUGUGUGUUUACAUGACUUAUGAUGGGAAAUGGUAUGAUAUAUCAUGUGACAACACUCUGCCAUUCGUUUGCUAUGAUGGUAGAGUGAAUGCCACACAGAGUUACAUUGGAAUCUAUGACAGGAAAAUCUGGUUAGAGGCCCGUAGAUACUGCAGAGAUCAUUACACAGAUCUCGCCAAUGUGAGAAAUCAGACUGAGAACCAGAGGAUCCUUGAGACCGCAGGUGGAGGAGUCUGGAUUGGCCUGUACAGAAACAGGGUUUGGUCAAACAAUCAGAUUACAAGUUAUCAUAACUGGAGGCCACAAAUUUCUGGGUCACAGGCACAACCAGAUAAUGGAAAUAAUCAAGCAUAUGAAUAUGGAUAUCAGCACUGCACUGCAGUAUCAUUCCAGUAUUCAGGCCGAUGGACAGAUGAGGUCUGUGAUUCCAGCAGGCCUUUCUUCUGCUACAGCAAGACCUGUACACAAUCUUCAUGCACUCACCAGUAUCAUUUUGUGAAUGAGUCUAAGACCUGGACUGAAGCUCAGAGACACUGCAGAGAGAAUUACAUUGAUCUGGCCACCAUUGAUAACAUGGAGGAAAUGAACAGGCUCAUUAAAACAGUGCGUAGAACUUACUAUGGUUCAGCUUGGAUUGGUCUCUAUGAUGAUCUGAACAGCUGGAAAUGGUCUAUGGACAAUGCAACAUUAUUGGGAGGAUUUAAAAGCUGGUAUGUCCAGCAACCAGUGAACUCAGGUGGACAGAGUCUGUGUGUGUACAUGUCAUAUUAUUGGGGAAGAUGGGGUGAAGGCUUUUGCUCCUAUAGACUUCCCUUUGUUUGCUAUGAUGGAAGAGUGAAUGCUACUGCAAAUUACGUGUUUGUUUACGAGUCCAAAACCUGGACUGAAGCUCAGAGUUACUGCAGAGAACAUCACACAGACCUUGUCAGUAUCAGGAAUGAGUCUGAAAACUACAGGGUUCGGUCAUUACUUUCAAAUUAUUACCAAAUUUGGAUUGGAUUGUACAGAACCAGAUCUUGGUCAGAUCAGAGCAACUCUUCAUUCAGUAACUGGGCGAUAUGGCAGCCAGAUAAUGCUGGAACCAGUGAAUACUGCACUGCAGUGUCAUUUAGUGACUCUGGGAGCUGGACAGAUGAAAACUGCAAUAUUGCAUUACCUUUCAUUUGCUACAGUGCAUUAGCAUCAUCCCGGGAGUAUUACUUUGUGAAUGAGUCUAAGACCUGGGCUGAAGCUCAGAGACACUGCAGAGAGAAUUACACUGAUCUGGCCACCAUUGAUAACAUGGAAGAAAUGAACAGUCUGAUAAACACUGUUAAUGGGAGUUACAAUGGCUCAGCCUGGAUUGGACUGUAUGAUGAUGUGAACAGCUGGAGAUGGUCAUUGGAAAACAAUGAUUUUUAUCAGGAAGGAGAGAGAGAUUACAGAAACUUCUAUCAUGAACCAGACAACAGUGGUGGGAAUGAACUGUGUGUUUACAUGGAUUCUAAUGGAAACUGGUAUGAUACAUCAUGUGACAACACUCUGCCAUUCAUUUGCUAUGAUGGUCGAGAAAACGCCUCUCAGAAUUAUGUUUUGGUAUACAUGUGGAAGACCUGGACUGAAGCUCAGAGCUACUGCAGAGAAAAAUACACAGACCUGGCCAGUGUGAGAAAUGAGACAGAGCGUCAACAGAUACUGAAUUUUACACGCUAUUAUGGUGUUUAUUAUUAUAAUGUGUGGAUUGGUCUGCACAGAAACAGACUGUGGUCAGAUCAGAGCAGCUCUUCCUUCACAUAUUGGCUGCCAAAUACUCCAAAUGAGGUUGCACAACCAGAUAAUGGUGCAAAUAUCCCAGGACUGCAGGGAGUUCAACACUGCACAACUCUGUCUCUAAAAUACUCUGGUCAGUGGACGGAUGAAAGCUGCUUUGCCAAUUUGCCUUUCUUCUGUUACAGUGAUGAGUAUGUGAUGGGAAUGCGAGUAGAAGUUACAAGUCUAGAAAAUUUGUCAAAGUCUCAGAUUGAAGAGCUGGUGAUUAUACAGUUACAAGAGGAGCUGAUCAGACUUGGACUUCCCAACAACGUGACCAUGCAUUUGAGAGACUAUCGUAUGAUCAAUCCCUGAAGAUGGAGGACAGUCCUUUGCAGUUUCCAAUAAAUGCAGUUGUGGGUUCAAUACUUAAUCUAGCAUGAAAUUACACUAUAAUCUAUUAAGACUUUAACAAAUGAAUGAUCCAGAUUUUGUUUUUCCAAAAUGUUAUGUCAUUGGAAUGUGUUGUUUAAUGGACCUAUUAAAUCAGUGAAGGGGGUUAUAUAAAAUACUAACAAUAUACUAUGUAGCUUGAUUUUCAGUCAGAGAUCGAAAAUUAUAACACAGUACAGUACAAUAUACUCAUUAUACUAUUGUUGACAUGAAUGUGAGAUUUUAAUCUGAAUAUGAUUUAUGGAAGAUGAUGAUUUUGAAAACAUGAUUAAAUGAAAACAUGAUUAAAAUAGUGA